AUGUCUGCAAGUUCUGAAUUUUCAUGUCCAGAAAGAGAGAAAAUGUUUAAUGUGUUAACAAGUUUUCCUCAACAUCAGAGAAAUUCCACAGGAGAGAAGUCUUAUUCAUGUUCAGAAUGUGAGAAAACUUUUACUGUGAAAUCAAGUCUUCUUAAACAUCUCUGUGGGAAUGGUUUUAGUCGGAAAUCACAACUCGGGGAACAUCAGAGAACUCACACAGGAGAGAAGCAAUUUUCAUGUCAUGAAUGUGGGAAGUUGUUUAAGCGUAAAAAUCAAUUAGAACCACAUAUGAGAAGUCACACAGGAGAGAAGCCAUUUUUAUGCUCGGAAUGUGGGAAGUGGUUUAAGAGUCAACAACAUCUUAAGAUACACAUGAGAACUCAUACUGGGGAGAAGCCAUAUUCAUGUUCAGAAUGUGAAAAACAUUUUACUGACAAAGCUUGUCUUGUUAAACAUCUCCGAAUUCACACAGGGGAGAAGCCAUUUUCAUGUUCUGAAUGUGAAGACUGGAUGAAGGCUCCCAAGGUCAUCUAA